GUUGCGAAAAACCGCUUCCGGUCUUUCUUUUUCGCUGCAGGAGAGUGAGGCUCCAGCCUUUUGUGGAGUGGGUAUAAAGAAGCUUUCGCUGCAGCCCGCCAGUCCCUGAAUUAUUGCAUUGAAGACUACUUGCAGAAAUCAGAAAGGAAAAUAAUCAAGGGAUGGCUUCCUUAGUUGAGAUGCAAGAUUUGACCCAAGUAUCAGUUGUUACCUCCAGCCUGUUGGCAGACUCAGAGGUCCAUGCCUUAGUGAUGUCCAACUUCCAAUCUGUUCCCGGCCCCCUCCCCACACCACCCCUCAGCCCUGAACACAUCGACUCUUCUCCUCCUUGUCUCUCUUAUGUCGUGGACCAAGUGGAGAACAGUAUCGAGGACCAGCGUGCAGAAGCUCUACUUGACCAUAUACUUAAGUGCGAACAAAUCCAAAUCCCAAAUUUUGAUGUAACCGGUAGCUUUACCAGCAGUCAAACACCCUUUGGGACCAGCCCAAUUUCCGACGAUGUGCUUGUGUGUGCAGAUCGCGGAGUGGAACUUCUCAUACAAGAUUGCAUGUGGAACAGUCAUGCUUACGAACCUAGGAGCAUCAUUGGGAACGUUAACGGUGUGUACACACCUGCCCCCUCUCCUCCUCCAAUCUCUGAUCAGACAAAGGAAGCGGAGGAGCCGGAAGACAGUGAAGCGUGUUCCGAGAGUGGUAGUAAUGACAUCAACGACGAGCCUGACGAUGUCCAAUCAGAGUGUAUCAGCCCGUGCGACAUCUUCCCCACCUACACCAUUGUGACUGACAAAGAAGGUACUAAAGCGACACCCAAGCCGAGGUCUAACACUAGCAGUGUGCAGAGUGAGGGGAGCAGACAUCCCCAGGCCAUGUCCUCAGAAUCAGAUGAGGAGAUCGAUGUAGUCACGGUGACUGAACGUGUACCCACACGCAUGGCCACCAGAAAACGACAAUUCUCAAUCUCAGCCCCUUGUUCCCGACAGACCUCUCCCGUACCCUCCUCUCCAAAGAAGCGCAAAUACAGUGUCAAAAAACUUCAAAGGAUCAACUCAAACUGCUCAAGUGUGGGAGGCUCGAGUGUGGGAGAUGGUACAGAAUCGGACGAUGAACAUCGAAGAGCCUCACACAACAUCCUCGAAAGAAAGCGACGAAACGACCUCAAGUAUAGUUUCCAAAUCCUGAGGGAGCAGGUGCCAGAACUAGAGGACAACCAACGAGCACCCAAGGUUACUAUUUUGAGGAAGGCGGCUGACUAUAUCCGCCGUAUCCAGCUAGAGGGUAACGCAAUGGAACAAGAGCUAGAGAAAGAAAGAAAGCGUGAAGCACGCCUCAGGCAAAGACUGGCCUUCCUCAAGGCUAUGCCUGUUCGCUGUUGAGGAACAUUUUAGGAGUCAAUUUUAACUUUUCUUUCUUUUUGAACACUUUUUGAAGCUUAAAUGUUUUUCGAAUAAGUGACUACACUUUUUGUGCUGCAAAUAUUCACUUGUAAUUUUCCAACCUUUGUCCCUUGUUGUUUAGUGAUUGUUUGUCUCGUGUAUCAUUUAUGGUUGUCUAAACCACUUUUUCCUCAACUCAAAUCAUUUAUCUUCCAACUCAAAUGUUUUUGCUUUGUAUAAUUUUGUCCUCGUAUUGAAUUAUUUAUAUUAACAAAAACUUUGUUAACGCAAUUUGUGACAGUGUCAAUUUAUAUGUAGAGUAUAAAUUAAAAAUCAAAUGCAAUG